GUGGAUGUUGGAAAUGUCCCCUUCUGGCCCUGGGCUUUUUAGUCCUUCCGAGUUUCUGUCCUUAAUUGACAGACCAGUGCCUAUUGGCUGAAGUUCCCUAGUGAUUUGCAUGAACGGAGAGGGAGUGUCCUCUGCCACCCUCCCUUCUGGAGCGCUCAGACUGCAGCCUCCUAGGGAAUGCGCGGCCAAGGGAUCGCGCGCAGCUCGCUGGUCCAGGCAGUGAGCUUGCGCCUGGCGACCUGGCACCCGUGCCUGGAUAUGGGGCAUCUACAUCGUCCCAUGAGCAGCACAAGCCACGGGAAUUUGCCGCAUGUUUUUCUGCUUUUCCUCUUCGUUGGACCCUUCAACUGCCUUGCGAGUUACAGCCGUGCUACGGAGCUUCUGUACAGCCUAAAUGAGGGACUACCCGCGGGGGUGCUCAUAGGCAGCCUGGCUGAGGAUCUAAGGUUGCUGCCCCGGGACUCUGGGAGGCAGAGUCAGCAGUUCCUGCACCCGGAGCACACUGCCGCUGAGGGGAGCCCCCCUCUCUCUUUCAGCUUGGCCUCUGGAGGACUGAGUGGCCAGUAUGUGACCCUAGACAACCGUUCCGGGGAGCUGCACACUUCUGCACAGGAGAUUGACAGAGAAGCAUUGUGCCUCGAUGGGGGCGGAGGGUCUGCCUGGAGUGGCAGCAGUUCCAUUGCCUCUUCUCCUUCCUCUGACUCUUGCCUUUUGCUUCUGGAUGUGCUGGUCCUGCCUCAGGAGUACUUCCGGUUUGUGAAGGUGAAAAUCGCCAUCAGGGAUAUCAAUGACAACGCUCCGCAGUUCCCAAUUUCUGAAAUCUCUGUUUGGGUCCCGGAAAAUUCACCUGUAAAUACCCGAUUGGCGAUAGAGCACCCUGCCGUGGACCCAGAUGUAGGCAUUAAUGGGGUACAAACCUAUCGCUUACUGGACUACCAUGGCAUGUUCACCUUGGAUGUGGAGGAGAAUGAGAACGGCGAGCGCACACCCUACUUGAUUGUCAUGGGUGCUUUGGACAGAGAAACGCAGGACCAGUAUGUGAGCAUCAUCAUAGCUGAGGAUGGUGGGUCUCCACCACUGCUGGGCAGUGCCACUCUCACUAUUGGCAUAAGUGACAUUAAUGACAAUUGUCCUCUCUUUAUAGACUCACAAAUUAAUGUCACUGUUUAUGGAAAUGCUACAGUGGGUACCCCCAUUGCAGCUGUUCAGGCUGUGGACAGAGACUUAGGGACAAAUGCACAGAUCACUUACAGUUACAGCCAGAAAGUUCCACAAGAAUCCAAGGAUUUAUUCCACUUGGAUGAAACUACCGGAGUCAUUAAACUUUCAAGUACCAUUGGUGGGAAUGUUCUACAGACACAUAAGCUCACCAUCCUUGCUAAUGGACCCGGCUGUAUCCCUGCAGUGAUCACUGCUCUUGUGUCCAUUAUCAAACUUGUUUUCAGACCCCCCGAAAUUGUCCCACGUUAUAUCGCAAAUGAGAUGGAUGGUGUUGUGUAUCUGAAAGAAUUGGAGCCUGCUAACACUCCAAUUGCAUUUUUCACCAUAAGAGAUCCAGAAGGUAAAUACAAGGUUAACUGCUACUUGGAUGGUGAAGGUCCAUUCAGGUUAGCACCCUACAAGCCGUACAACAAUGAAUAUUUGUUGGAGACCACAAAACCUUUGGACUAUGAGCUGCAGCAGUUCUAUGAAAUAGCUGUGGUUGCCUGGAACACAGAGGGUUUUCAUGUCAAGAGAAUCAUUAAAGUACAACUUUUAGAUGACAAUGACAAUGCUCCCGUUUUCCUUCAACCCUUGAUAGAGCUGACCAUUGAAGAAAACAACGCACCUAAUGCCUUUCUGACGAAGCUCUAUGCUACAGACGCUGACAGUGGAGAGAGGGGCCAAGUUUCCUACUUCUUGGGACCAGACGCCCCAUCAUAUUUUUCCUUAGACAGUGACACGGGGAUUCUGACAGUUUCUACUCAGCUGGACAGAGAAGAGAAAGAAAAGUAUAGGUACACUGUCCGAGCCGUGGACUGUGGGCAGCCGCCCAGAGAAUCAGUGGCUACAGUGGCUCUCACUGUGUUGGAUAAAAAUGACAACAGCCCUAGGUUCAUCAACAAGGAUUUCAGCUUUUUUGUGCCAGAAAACUUUCCAGGAUAUGGUGAAAUCGGAGUCAUAAGUGUGACAGACGCCGAUGCUGGAAGGAAUGGAUGGGUAGCCCUCUCGGUAAUGAACCAGAGUGACAUUUUUGUCAUAGACACAGGCAAGGGCAUGUUGAGAGCUAAAGUCUCUUUAGACAGAGAACAGCAGAGUUCUUACACACUGUGGGUGGAAGCCGUUGAUGGGGGUGAGCCUGCCCUUUCUUCUACCACAAAGAUCACAGUUCUCCUUCUAGAUAUUAACGACAACCCCCCUCUUGUUUUAUUUCCUCAAUCUAAUAUGUCUUAUUUGUUGGUCCUGCCUUCCACUCUCCCUGGCUCACCAGUAACAGAGGUCUAUGCCGUUGACAAAGACACAGGCAUGAAUGCUGUCAUAGCUUAUAGUAUCAUAGGGAGAAGAGGUCCCAGGCCCGAGUCCUUCAAGAUCGACCCAAAAACUGGCAACAUAACUCUGGAAGAAGCCUUGCUACAAACGGAUUAUGGUUUGCAUCGCCUGCUUGUGAAAGUGAGUGAUCAUGGCUACCCUGAGCCUCUCUACUCCACUGUCAUGGUGAACUUAUUUGUCAAUGACACUGUAAGUAAUGAGAGCUACAUUGAGAGCCUUUUAAGAAAAGAACCAGAAAUUAACAUAGAAGAGAAGGAACCACAGAUCUCAAUAGAGCCAACUCAUAGGAAGGUAGAAGCUAUGUCCUGUAUGCCCACCUUGGUGGCUCUGUCUGUCAUAAGCUUGGGUUCUAUCACACUAGUAACCGGAAUGGGGAUAUACAUGUGCUUACGAAAAGGUAAAAAACAUCACCGGGAAGAUGAGAAUUUGGAAGUACAAAUUCCACUGAAAGGAAAAAUUGACUUGUGUAUGAGAGAGAGAAAGCCAGUGGAUAUUUCUAAUAUUUGAUGCUUCGUUGUGGAGUAACAUGAAGUGACAUUUUAACCGAGUAGUCUUUGUCACACAAACGAUGGUGUGCUGAUGCAGUUCCACUGAAGGGCAACUAAUUUAUAACUUGUAAUAUGUUGUAAAUAGCUGUUUACAGGUUUUUAAUUCAAAUUCAGAGGUUAUAAAAUGUGUACAGAAUUUUUAAAUGAAAAUUAGCACUAACAGCAUAUAUAUAUACAUAUAUAUGUAUACA